UCGAUCACGUGUCUGCGGGGCGACUUAGACGGAUUGCGCGUCAUCUCGCCUUCCCAAAUUUUUCCCUUCUGCUGCAGCUCGUAUCCAAAACAUCUAUCUAUAGUACGGAGUACGAGAGAGAGAAAGAUGUUUAACUCGGUGAAUCUGGGCAACUUCUGCUCCCAGACGCGCAAAGACCGGACAUCCGAGUUUGGGGACAGGACGGGCUGCGCGUCCAACAUCUACCUCCCCAGCUGCACCUACUACGUCCCGGAGUUUUCCGCCGUCUCUUCGUUUCUUCCACAGGCCCCGUCCCGGCAAAUCAGCUACCCUUAUUCCACAAAUCUGUCUCAAGUGCAGCCGGUACGGGAAGUUUCAUACGGCUUGGACCCUGCUAGUAAAUGGCACCACAGAGGCAAUUAUGCAUCGUGCUACUCGGGAGAGGAUCUGGUGCAUAGGGACUGUCUUCCGCCAUCCACCAUGACAGAAAUGCUUAUGAAGAACGAGAGCGUGUACAGCCACCACCAUCACCAUCACACCCACCCGGGCUCCAAUCACCCCUCCACAGGUUUUUACUCCGGCGUCGGGAAAAACAACGUCCUCCCGCAGGGUUUCGACCGCUUUUUCGAGACCGCGUACUGCAGCAGCACGGACAAUCAGUCAGACAAUUGUUUACAAAAGGGCGAGGGGGGAAAGCUGGAGAGCGACUCCCAGCAGCAGCAGCAGCAGCAGCAGCAGCAGCGACAGCAGCCCGCAGCCUCUGUACCCGGAGCUCCGGAGCAGGAAAAAGACGCCGAGGAUGAGGAGGAACAUACAAAUUCAGGCUCGUGUACCUCUUCCUCCGCAACAACCAAGGACGGCAACGCCAGCAAGAGCAGCCACUCGAGCACUCCUCGCACAAGGAAGAAGCGGUGUCCAUAUUCCAAGUUCCAGAUUCGAGAGCUGGAGCGGGAAUUCUUCUUCAACGUUUACAUCAACAAAGAGAAAAGGCUUCAGCUUUCCCGAAUGCUCAACCUCACCGACCGCCAGGUUAAAAUUUGGUUUCAGAAUAGAAGAAUGAAAGAGAAGAAGCUGAGCAGAGAUCGCCUCCAGUACUUCUCUGGAAACCCCCUAUUGUGAGCACGGGCAAGAAAAGUGUCACAGUCAUUUUUUUUUUUUUUUUUUUUGGUCAGUGACAUUAAGGCCUACUCUCUAUCUCAUUGAAUUGUAACCGUGGGCAUAACCGUCUUUUUUUUUCUAAAGGAGCCCAGAAUCACCAACAGUGCAAUGUGGACAGUGGGAGUUAAUAGGCCUGCAUGGGAGAAAGUCGCCAUUUUCUUAUUUGCCCCUACGAGCGGCGGUGAUUUUCAUGCUGGUCGCCCAGAAAAGGCCUUUAUGGUUAGAAUAAUCAUUUAUACCUAUGCUGUUCUUGAAUAUGCCCCCUUCUAUUUAUCACGAUUCUCCAUUGUGUUUAUUCUAUUGUCCAUAUAGACAUAUUUGUUGUUGAAAUAUCCCACAAAAAAAAAGAACAAAAAAAUUGUAACAAAUAAUUUGAAAUCCUUAUUGCGCAGACAACGUUUAGCUCUUUUCCCCCUUUCCCCCUUCCCUCUGGUCUUUGUAUAUAGCAUAUCAUUAUCUAAUUAUUUCUCGACCAGAGUAUAAACAAGUUAAAGGAAAAGAAAAAAAAAAUCUCCAGGCUGCAUUUUUUUUUCGCCAUUGAGAACUGUGACGUCCAAUCUGUGAAAGUAUAUCCUCCCCCUCCCUCUCCUGUACAGAGUAGCCUAUGCAAUGUGCAUUCGUGACUGUAAAUAGGCGUAUGUUGAAUUUCCUUUCCCCACUAUCCCUGCUGCUAUUUUUUCAGUACACUUGCCCAUACAACCUUUAACAGCUUUAAAACGCCAACUCUCUUUAAAUUAUUUGCUUCAAAAAGAAAAAAAAAACAAAAAAAACAAAAACAAACAAAACAAAAAACAUUUGGUGCUUUGGAUUCCAGAGAGGAGGUAACAGAUUGUUGGCCUGUGUAUCAUUAAUAUAAUACCUAUGAAAUAAACAGAAACGUAUAGGCAAAAAAACUCUCAACGACUGUGUGCUUUUUGUGCUGUCAUGAUCACAAUUACCAUUGCUGCUGUGACUUUGCAUUUAUUCUCGACAGACGCAGCGUUUGCUUGGAGGGGUGAAAAGAAAAAAAAAAAAUACAAAUGUGUGUACAAACUCCAAACUGCUGGCCUCACAUACACAACAUCAGCACACAUUUAGCUUGCGUUUCUGGCGCCAGUUGAGGAUGAUUCACACAUUUUGCUCAGCUCAGAUAGGAUGGCGCUUGUGAAACUGCAGGAAAUAGUGUCGGCGGGCCUACACUUGUCACAUCUCCAGGCUAUUUUGAGCUUACAUCACCCUUUAAAGAUCGGGUUUGGAUUUUAGCAAGCGUGUUAAACGAAGAUAAAGCCCAGAUCUUAGGAAAAAAGUAGAGAAAGAGAGUGGAAUGAUAACCUCUUUUUAGUGCCCACUAAAUGGAAUCGCCACUCUUGUAGUCUAGACACUGCCAUAAAGACAGAGGCACUAAAUGGCUAUUUUUUUCUCUUAAUUGCACCGUCUGUUCGGGGGGAAUGGUGUUCACUUCCGCAGUAAAUAGUAAACAAGCAAGACUGGAUGUCCGAAAGGAGGAAAGAAAAAAAAAAAAAAAAAAAA